ACAGUUGCGUCAUGCUGCAAGUAUGUUGAAGCGCAUUACUUAUCUUACCUCUAGGACAGUGCAUAUGUCUUCUGUUAUGGACAUCCUGCACCGGUGCUUAUGUACUGACGUCCGUCAGUACUGUCAGUCUCACCGCUAGCGCCUCUUGACCACACGGUCUUUGGAUGAACAACAUGGAUCACAUAGAGGAGACCUUCUACACGGGGAAAGAGAUCGCAAUCGAGCCUGAUCUUGGAGACUUGCGAAAGUCUACCGACAAGGCCCUGCCGGCGCCGCCUAAGACACCAAAGAGGGUGUUGAUGAAGUAUCGGUUCUCUGCAAUCUUUCCAAUCGCAUUCGCGGUCGCGAGCUUUGUCUUCACGCUGGUACUGGUACUGGCGGGGAGCGAUGAACAUAUGUUUGGUGGACAGUACAUUGUGGCACUGAAUACCUCCACAAAGGCCCGAGACGGCCUGCAGGCAGAUGCAACAUCGAUAGAAUCAGAAGUCGUGGACGGAAAAGUGCUAGCAGACGUCUACUAUCUCUACCUAAGGACAGUCUGUUCUGGCUCCAUCCUCAACUCUCCAGACGACAAUUCCGACGCUAUCGUCGUAGAACUCUGCGAGACCUAUGGCGAAGCCAGUGACAGACUAUCGACACUGACGACGCCGACUGAUGGGUCUACAGACCCACUGUUUCCAGUUGUCCCAGUCUCAACGCUACUCAGGACUAUGGCUACCAAAUUGGCCGGCGUGCGUUCCACCGUCUUCGCUUCCUUACUCGUCUCGCUCGUCGGUGCUGGGUUUUCCGCUGUCUCCGCCGUUCCAGCCAUCAUCUUCCCCCAUUCGAAACUUCUCGCCUACUUCAACAUCUUCUGGCCAUUUCUUGCGAGCGCGUUCGCCUUUGUCGCCGCCGUCUUGCUCACAGUGUUGAUCUUUGGGGUUUUCUCGGUGGCUGGCGACAUCCUCGACGUUACUGGGGGAAAGCUGGAUCAAGGCACAUCCGUACUUCUGAUAGCAUGGCUGGAAUAUGUGUUAGUGUCGUUGUCGGUCGCUUACUGGGGCGUGGUAUGGCUGGUGGAGGUCAGGCGAUCAAGCCUCACCAGGAGGAAGAGAAGUGAUGACGAGGUCGGGAACUGGAAGAAUAUUGGGAAAGAGAUAUGGAGUGACGUAAAAGGAACGAAAAGAUUAUGAUACCCCGCCCGUAGGUCGCAGAUAGCUCAAAGCAGCAAGAGCAUCCAAGUUGACCGUGCUUUACAUUCCUGAGUAACUCGUACGACGCUGAACGUGCCCUUGCCCAAGAUCAUCGCGGCACGCGCAGUCGGCUUACAGUCAUUCAUUGAUCAAUGUACACUCUGAGGUGGGAUCCAAGGUUAGUACGGCGUAGAGCGUCACUUCCUGAGCUGUGUCAAAGCUCUGAGUUUCUCUGUACUCACUUGGAUU